AUGCGUCCUCUCGCCUCCUUCCUCCUCACCCUCCUGUCCGCAACACCCACCCUCACCACCCCCCUCGCCUCCUCCCUAACCAAACGCGAAAUCAACCCAAACACCGUCAACAUACUCACCCCGGACCAACUAACCACCCAACGCACCGCCCUCCUCCUCGCCCAAUCCGAAGAAGCCCGCGAAGCAAUCCUGUUCCCCAACCCCCCCAGCGCCGCAAACGACACCUUCCAAUUCCUCAACAACACCGUGCUCGCCCCCACAGGCGGAACAGUCUACCUCUCCACCGUGGCCAAUUUCCCCGCGCUCGGCGCCACAGGUCUCGGCGCCGCUGUUGGUUUCGUGAACCCGUGUGGCCUCAACACGCCACACUGGCACCCGCGCGCGAACGAGUUUCUAACAGUAGUUCAGGGCACGUUGUUAGGUGUUGUGUUGUUGGAGAGUGAGAGCGGGUUUGGAAGUGUAGUUGGUGGGGAGGCGGUGGUCAAAGGGCCGUAUACGCAGGUGGAAAGUACGUUGGCGAAUUAUACGGGUAUGCUUUUUCCAAAGGGCUUGGUACAUUGGCAGUUUAAUCCAGAGUGUGAGCCCGCUGUUUUUGUGGCUGGGUUCGAUAGUCCGGAUCCGGGGCGUGCGGAGGCGGCUAGGGGCUUCUUUUCGGGCGAGCCGGAUGAGGUGUUGAGGGCUAGUUUGGGGUAUUCGGAGUUUAUGUCUCCGGACCAGAUUUCCGGGUUGAGGGUGGGGUUGACGAGUGAUUUUACGGCUAUUGUCGAGAGUUGUGCGAAGAAGUGUGGGAUUCCUUAUUUGCCGCCGGCGGAGACAAGUAGUGUGUUGCCGACUGGGGGGUAUCCGACGGCUUCGGCUGGGUAUCCGACUUCCUCGGGCGGAUACUAG